CACAUGUUUUGACAAUCAAUUGAUUUAAUUGUAAUUAAGUGUCAUUUUUGUGGACAAUUGACGACAAAUUGAAUAUAAAUGUCGGAACCGCUGUUCAAGAGUGGCGUUACCGGCGAUGAAGACGCCGAAGACUCCAACGAGCUGAUCUACUCGUUGGACACCUUCGCCGAAGACAGCGUCCAGUGUAUGGCAUUGAUUGGCGAGUUGUCCACAAUCGGUGACAAUCAAAGCAGUGGCGAUGAUAACAAA